AUGACCGACCACUCCUGUCCGAACCGGCCGAGCGAGGACGACCUCGAGACCUACCGCCAGAUCUCGCUGUCUGCGUACGCCGUGGCCGGCGUCGUCUGCGCGCUCGGUAUCGCCGGCAACGCGCUCAACCUGCUCGUGCUGCGAUACGUGCAAUACCGCGCGGCGCCCAUCUACCUGUACCUGACAGCGCUGGCGGUGGUGGACCUGCUGACGCUGGUCAGCGUGCUGCCGUACGUGGUAUACCGACUGGUGCCGCCGUCCGCCGGCUGCAGUGGCGAGCUCGUCAUCACCGGGCCCUUCCUCGCAUUCUACGUGGCGCACUGCUUUAACCCCAUUGUCAACGGCUUCAUCUACACCAGCGUGUACAUCACGUUCUGGAUCACGGUGGACCGGUACGUUGCGGUCCGGCACCCGGCACGGUACGCGGCCCGCCAGGAUCGUUCCGGCCAGGCGCGUGGCCGAAUCGUCUUCUCGGCUGCGAUCGCGUUCGUCGCAAACAUGCCGUCGGUAUUCUACUACGACAUGGUCGCAGACAGCGGGGGCUACUGGGUCAACUUCCACCCGUCAGUGAUGAGAAACCACUGGUGGAUGUGCGUUGUCUCGCUGCAGCAGGCCAUGCUGCUCGGUCCCGUCGUCGCCAUUCUCGUCAUGAACGUGAUGGUGAUGACGCGUGUGCUUCGGAUCCAGCGUGGCGUGCGCGCCGAGCCGCCGCCUGUCUGCGUGAUCUCGGUCGGCAACGACCUGCAGUUUGCGAACUGCCUGUUGAACGUGCUCUUCUACUACGUGUUCAGUCUGGAGAUGCGGCGCGCCCUGUACGGCCUGGUCGAGCGUGGCGUGGCGCGGCUGCGCCGGCUUCGCGGCCAGGCCGACUCGGUCCAGCUGCGGGUCAAGUCGCUGCGCGCCCGCCAGCUCGUCUCCGGCUCCCUCUUCACGGCGCGGGCUUUGACGAGCGAGGGCGUGCCGCACUGA